GUCCAGGUGCACCUGAGCUGCGAGCAAAGGAGUCUCUGUCAGAGGAGGGCUGGCUGGGGCCACAGCAGAGCGGACUGACGGAGGAAGUAGAUUUUGGAAGGGCCCAGCGGGUGUUGGAGCAGCUCACCAAGGAUCCACCUGCCUGUCCACUCCCUUAGGGACCUGAUGGAGGAGCUGGUAGGGCUUCGUGAGGGCUCUUCGGGGAACCCUGUGACUCUUCAGGAGUUAUGGGGCCCGUGUCCCCGCAUCCGCCGAGGCAUCCAAGAUGGCCUGGAGUGGCUGAAGGAGAAGCUGUUCCGCGUGGGUGAGGACUGGUACUUCCUGACAACCCUCGGGGUGCUCAUGGCCCUGAUCAGCUACGCCAUGAGUUUUGCCGUCGGGCGUGUGGUCCGAGCGCACAAGUGGCUGUACCGGGAGAUUGGGGACAGCCACCUACUCCGGUAUCUCUCCUGGACGAUGUACCCCGUGGCCCUGGUCUCCUUCUCCUCGGGUUUCUCCCAGAGCAUCACGCCCUUCUCAGGAGGAUCUGGAAUUCCGGAGCUGAAGACAAUCUUGUCGGGUGUGGUCUUGGAGGACUACCUGGAUAUCAAGAACUUUGGGGCCAAGGUGGUGGGUCUCACGUGCACCCUGGCCACUGGCAGCACCCUCUUCCUGGGCAAAGUGGGCCCCUUCGUGCACCUGUCUGUGAUGAUCGCUGCCUACCUGGGCCGCCUGCGCACCAAAGCCAAAGGGGAGUCAGAGAACAAGAACAAGCAGAACGAAAUGCUGGUGGCUGCAGCGACGGUGGGCGUGGCCACGGUGUUCGCAGCGCCCUUCAGCGGCAUCCUGUUCAGCAUCGAGGUCAUGUCUUCCCACUUCUCCGUCUGGGAUUACUGGAGGGGCUUCUUCGCUGCCACCUGCGGGGCCUUCAUGUUCCGCCUCCUGGCUGUCUUCAACAGCGAGCAGGAGACCAUCACCUCGCUCUACAAGACCAAUUUCCGGGUGGAUGUCCCCUUCGACCUGCCAGAGAUUUUCUUUUUUGUGGCGCUGGGGGCCAUCUGUGGCAUCCUGAGCUGUGCUUACCUCUUCUGUCAGCGGAUGUUUCUUGGCUUUGUCAAGACCAACCAGGUCUUCUCCAAGCUGCUGGCCACCAGCAAGCCUCUGUAUUCAGCGCUGGCGGCCUGGGUUCUCGCCUCCAUCACCUACCCGCCGGGCGUGGGCCGCUUCAUGGCUUCUCGGCUGUCCAUGAAGGAGCACCUGGACUCACUAUUUGACAACAACUCAUGGGCGCUGAUGACCCGGAACUCAUCCCCACCCUGGCCCACAGAGCCCGACCCCCAGAACCUGUGGUUCGAAUGGUACCAUCCACAGUUCACCAUCUUUGGGACCCUCACCUUCUUCCUGGUGAUGAAGUUCUGGAUGCUGAUUCUGGCCACCACAAUCCCCAUGCCCGCUGGCUACUUCAUGCCCAUAUUCAUCUUGGGAGCUGCCAUCGGGCGCCUCAUCGGGGAGGCCCUCUCUCUUGCCUUUCCAGAAGGCAUUGUGGCCGGAGGGGUCACCAACCCCAUCAUGCCUGGGGGGUAUGCCCUGGCAGGGGCUGCGGCUUUCUCAGGAGCUGUGACUCACUCCAUCUCCACGGCAUUGCUGGCCUUCGAGCUGACUGGCCAGAUCGUGCACGCUCUGCCUGUGCUGAUGGCGGUGCUGGCAGCCAAUGCCAUCGCCCAGAGCUGCCAGCCCUCCUUGUACGAUGGCACCAUCAUUGUCAAGAAGCUGCCGUACUUGCCGUGGAUCCGGGGCCGAAAGAUCAACUCUCACCGUGUAACUGUGGAGCACUUCAUGAACUGUACCAUCACCACGCUGGCCAAGGACACACCGCUGGAGGAGGUGGUCAAGGUCGUGACCGCCACAGACACAGCCGAGUACCCGCUGGUGGAGAGCACAGAGUCUCAGAUCCUGGUGGGCACCGUGCAAAGGGCACACUUGGUGCAGGCACUCCAGGCUGAGCCACCCUCCUGGGCUCCAGGACACCAGCAGUGUCUCCAGAACAUCUUGGCUGAGGGCUGCCCCAUAGAGCCAGUGACCCUGAAGCUGUCCCCAGAGACCUCCCUGCACCAGGCACAUAACCUCUUCCAGCUGUUGAAACUUCAGUCCCUCUUCGUGACGUCUCGGGGCAGAGCUGUGGGCUUCGUGUCUUGGGUGGAGUUGAAGAAAGCAAUUUCCAAUCUGACAAACCCUCCGGCCCCAAAGUGAGCCAGCCUGGCAAGAUGAAACAAAGGGCCCCUCAGCUGCCCUGGUGAAGGAAACUGGGCAGAGACCCUGCUUCUCUCUCUUAUCACAACACACCCCUCCCCUCCAGCCCAGCUCAACUCCUUGGCGAAGCAGGCAGCUAACCUAACACUGAAGAGGGCCCCACAGUCACCAUGUCCCUUCUUUGGUGGGACAAGGGCUACAUGCCUUGAAGAACAAAUUCCACCCUGGACAAAGCUCAGAAUGCAAGAUAGCAGAAAACCAGCAUAUGGUGGGUUCUCAAUGAAGGCAUCAAAUUCACAAAUGAAGAGCUUAGUAUAUGCUGUUAUCAAGGGCAGGCACAGAUGUGCUCUGGGGGCUGUAUGACUCCCAACCAGAAGUUCCCAAGAAAAAAUAAAGCUGAUUCACAGA